AUGAAUAAAUAAUUCAUCAUAUUAACAUUGUUGCUUGCCUUAGCAACAAGUCAGACUUACAGUAUAACAUCAUGCACAUGUGCAUAGUUAUUAUCAGAAGGAGAUUGUAUAAAAAAUACUUCACUUGGAUGUUCUUGGGAUAGCACAAAGAAAUCUUGUGCAGUUUCAACUACUCCCGUCACUCCAACAGUGUCUUAUGCAGCAUAUUGUGAUUCUUUUGCAGAAGCAGAUUGUCCAAAAGCUAAACCUUGCACAGAUUGUGGUAGCUAUGCUGCCUGUGCCUGGGUUGGAGGAAAAUGCACACAUUUCACAGGAUGCACAGCCUUUGCAAAAACAACAGAUCCUGAAUGUUAAGCAAUUAGUAAUAGAUGUAUUACAGAUGGAACUCAUUGUGUUGAAGUCGAUGCUUGUAGCACAUACAAGAAACAACUUCCUUGUGUCAAAAACGCAGCUGGAAGCUUGUGCUAUUGGGAUACAACAAAUAAUACUUGUGUAGAUGCUAAUAAUUGUGAUAGAUUACCAAUUACAUUUGUUACAGAUAAAGAAUGUAGAGAUGUAAUAUCAACUUGUACAACUAAAACUGGAGGUGGAUGUGUUGAUAGUGGAAAUAAUUGUAGUGAUUAAACAUUAGAAAUUUAAUGUGUUUGGAAUAAAUUAAGAUCAAUUGCAUGUUAUUGGGAUGGAGCAGCAUGUAAAGAUAGAAUUUGUGAUAAUGCACCAACAACAUUGACAACUGAUGAAACAUGUAAAACCUUUAGAACUGAUGGAACAUGUACAACUAAACCUAAUGGAGGAUGUAUUACUAGAACUACUUGUGCAGCUGCAACUAUCUAAGCUGCUUGUAUUAAAAAUAGUUCAGGUGGUGAUUGUUAUUGGACUGGAACUGCAUGUGUUGAUAAGAUAUGUACAAAUGCACCAACUACUAUGACAACUAAUUCUGCUUGUGCUGGAUUUGUAACAGGAUGUAUUACUAAAUCAGGAGGAGGUUGUGUAUCUAAUGGAGCUUGUUCAGCUGCCAAUGUCUAAGCUGCUUGUGUUAAAAACUCUUCAGGAACUGAUUGUAUUUGGGAUACAACAUGUAAAGAAAAGACUUGUGCCAAUGCACCAACAACUAAUAAUACUCAUGAAUUGUGUACAUCAUACUUAUCUACAUGUACUGUCAAAGCAGGAGGUGGAUGUUAACCUAGAACUUGUGCAAAUGCUCCAACAACAUUAACAACUAAUGAUGCAUGUGAAGCAUAUUUACCAAAUAAUAAUUGUAUCACAAAGACAGGAGGUGGAUGUGUAACAAAUACUACAUGCGCUGCAAUAACUUUAGAAGCUGCUUGUAUCAAGAAUUCCUCUGGAGCUACUUGUUUCUGGGAUAAUGGAAAUUGUAAGGAUAAGAUUUGUACAAAUGCUCCAUCAACUAAUACUACUCAUGAUUUAUGUGUUGCCUUUUUAUCAACUUGUACUGUAAAUUCAACAAAUGCUGGUUGUGUAGAGAAAACAUGCGAAAAUUCAUUGACAUAAACUAUUUGUGAUAAAGAUUUGAACAACAAAGCCUGUAUUUGGAAAGGAAAAUGCUAUAAAAAAGAAUGUGUAUUAGCUUCAUCAACCUCAGCAACCCAUGCAGAUUGUUAAAAUUAUGAUUCUAGUUGUACUUUGAGUAAUACUGGCGCUGGAUGUGUUCCUAUUCCACUUAAAUGUGAAGCUAUUACUAUUGAAUCUGCAUGCAAUGUUAGAUUAUAAGUUACAAAUGGAGUUAAAUCAUACUAAGCAUGUGGUUGGAAUGGUUCAUAAUGUAUUGAUAAAGCUUGUUCAACUGCUCCUAGAACAUCAUCAACAACAACUGAAUGCGGCAAUUACAAAUCAGGUUGUGUUGCUAAUAAUCCAGUAAAUGGAUCAAUUUCAGGAUGCUAAGAUUUACCAACAACUUGUGCUGCUAGAAGAUCAAUUGAAAAUUGUGAAAUUUCAAGAACUGGAUUGCCAACAUGUUUAUGGAAUACCACUACAUCCACAUGUGUUGAGAAGUCUUGUGCCACUGCUAGUGUUGCAGGAUUACCAGGAGUACUAAUAGCAUUUAGUUUCAACAAUUGUCAAAAUUAUUUAUCAGUAUGCACAGCCACUAAUGCUUAAGGAGUAUGUACAAAUAAUUCAAGGCCAUGCAUUUCAAACAAUGAUUAAACAGGAUGUGUUGUUAAGCCCUCAAGUUGUUCAGGAUUAAAUUCUUAAAAUUGUUAAGUUGGAUCAAAAGCAAAUGGAGAUUGUUAUUGGAAUGGUAGUAAUUGUGUUGAUAGAACUUGCACUAAUAUCACUUAAACUACUCAUAUUGGUUGUUAAAAUGUUUUGAAUACAUGCACAGUUAAUAAUGGUAGAACAGCUUGUUAAGCAUUAGCUACUGCUUGUACUUCUUAUGGAUCAGCUGAAAAUUGUGUAAAAAUUGCUAGCGGAAAAAGUUGCAUAUGGACUGGAUCAGCUUGUAGAAAUGCAACUUGUGCAGAUGCAUUAGAUAGUGAUGAUUUUGAUGAUGAUUCAGAGUGUUCAAAUUAUCCAACACCAAGCGAAACAUGUACAGUUUUAUAUAAAACUGGAGGAUAAGGAUGUGUGACAAGAUCAGCUAAUUGCAGUGACUAUGCAUCAGAAGCUUAAUGUGUGAAAACAUUAACAGCCAACUCAAAUGAUUGUACUUGGAAAUCUGAAUAUGAAAAAUGCUUUUCUAAUACAUAACUUCAAGGUGCAUGCUCAACCUUUACAGGCACACAAGUUUAAUGCUAAUCUAUUAAAGAAGGUUGCACUAAUACAGUAAGUGCUACAGAAACAGAUGCUUGCACAUUUUCUUGUGCUGCUAUAACUGCAGGGUCUGGGCUUGAUCAUGCAGCAUGUUAAACAAAGAAUACUACAUGUACUGGUAAUUCUGGUGGAACUGCCUGUAUUACAUUAUAAGCAACUUGUGCAGGAUAUGGAACAACUGAAACUAGUUGUACAAGAAGAACUGAUGGUUUGUUAUGCCGUUGGAGAGCUGCUGUUACUGGUCCUCCUGCUGUUGAUGCUGCAUGUUUAGAUAUUACAUCAGCAAAUUGCGACGCUGUUACAGGAUUAACAAGUGCUACCCAUGCUACUUGUUAAAGUUACAGUACUUCUUGCACUGUUAAUUCUGGUGGAACUGCCUGUAUUACAUUGUAAGCAACUUGUGCAGGAUAUGGAACAACUGAAACUAGUUGUACAAGAAGAACUGAUGGUUUGUUAUGCCGUUGGAGAGCUGCUGUUACUGGUCCUCCUGCUGUUGAUGCUGCAUGUUUAGAUAUUACAUCAGCAAAUUGCGACGCUGUUACAGGAUUAACAAGUGCUACCCAUGCUACUUGUUAAAGUUACAGUACUUCUUGCACUGUUAAUUCUGGUGGAACUGCCUGUAUUACAUUGUAAGCAACUUGUGCAGGAUAUGGAACAACUGAAACUAGUUGUACAAGAAGAACUGAUGGUUUGUUAUGCCGUUGGAGAGCUGCUGUUACUGGUCCUCCUGCUGUUGAUGCUGCAUGUUUAGAUAUUACAUCAGCAAAUUGCGACGCUGUUACAGGAUUAACAAGUGCUACCCAUGCUACUUGUUAAAGUUACAGUACUUCUUGCACUGUUAAUUCUGGUGGAACUGCCUGUAUUACAUUGUAAGCAACUUGUGCAGGAUAUGGAACAACUGAAACUAGUUGUACAAGAAGAACUGAUGGUUUGUUAUGCCGUUGGAGAGCUGCUGUUACUGGUCCUCCUGCUGUUGAUGCUGCAUGUUUAGAUAUUACAUCAGCAAAUUGCGACGCUGUUACAGGAUUAACAAGUGCUACCCAUGCUACUUGUUAAAGUUACAGUACUUCUUGCACUGUUAAUUCUGGUGGAACUGCCUGUAUUACAUUAUAAGCAACUUGUGCAGGAUAUGGAACAACUGAAACUAGUUGUACAAGAAGAACUGAUGGUUUGUUAUGCCGUUGGAGAGCUGCUGUUACUGGUCCUCCUGCUGUUGAUGCUGCAUGUUUAGAUAUUACAUCAGCAAAUUGCAACGCUGUUACAGGAUUAACAAGUGCUACCCAUGCUACUUGUUAAAGUUACAGUACUUCUUGCACUGUUAAUUCUGGUGGAACUGCCUGUGUUACAUACACUUGUGAAACGGUUUUAAAUCCAAGUUGGACAAAUUGUCAAGCUUUUAGUGCAUCUUGUAGUGUAAAGAGGGAUGGAAGUAGUUGCAUCCCAAUACAAGCAUAGUGUUCAGGAUAUUCAGCAACUAUUGCUAAUUGUUUUAGAUCUACUGCUGGACUCUGUAUUAGUAAUAAUUUAGAUAAUUCAUGUGUUGCCCUAACAGCAUCAACAACUUGCGAUGCUUUAUAUUUAGGAACUGGCAAUUACACACAUGAAAAAUGUAAUUAAUUUAAAGAUACUUGCACAAAUUUAAAUAACACAGGAUGUUAAACUAAGGCAUGCUCUAACUUCACAGGAACUUUUAAUCAUUCUAAUUGUAAUACUUGGUUGCCUUCUUGUACUGUGAAUUUAGCAGGAGAUGCAUGCAUAUCAAUGCCAGCCACUUGUGCCAUUUAGACUCAAGCAUCAUGCAUUAGGGCAGUUGAAGGGGAAUGUGUUGUUUCAGGAACUUCUUGUGUUAGAAAAACAUGUGACACAGCUUCACCAGUUGCAAGCUUUACUACUAAUACUCUAUGUACAAAUUAUCUAUCUACAUGCACAGUUGCAAGGGUAGGAGGUUGUUAACCAAGAGCUGCUUGUUCAACAUAUAGAUCAAAUCAAUAAUGUAAAUUCAAUACAAGUGGAGGAAGAUGUUUCUGGAAUGCAACAAAUAAGACUUGUGUUGAUUUCAGUUGUGGAAAUAUUGAAUAGACAUCUUUAUAUGAUACUCAUACUAAAUGCUCAACAGUUGAUUCAAAUUGUACAGUUAGAGCUACAAAUGCAGCUGCUGUCCCUGGUUGUAUGACUAGAGGAGCCUGCAGUUCUUAUUAAAUUGAGGAUUAAUGCAAAACUAAUGCAAGUGGAAGUGCUUGUGUUUGGAACACAAAUUUAGCCUAACCAGCAUGUUAAGAUAAAUCAUGCAGUACUGCCCCAACUGCAACAGCAACACAUGAUGAUUGUAAUACCUAUUUUUCGACCAACACUAUUAAAUGUACAGUAGUUGCCACAGCAGAUGCAAAUGGUGGUGCACCAGUUCUCGGAGGUUGUCAAUAGACAGCAGCUUGUGCUACUUAUAUCCAUUAAGAAUAAUGCAAAUUCAAUGCUUCUGGAGAUGCUUGUGGAUGGAAUGGUACUUAAUGUGCAGAUAAGUCAUGUGCUACUGCACCUGCAACUGCUGAUUAUGAUGAUAAUAAUAAAUGCAGAGCUUAUUUCAAUAAUAAAUGUACAGUGGCAGAAUCAGGAUAAGGAUGUGUUGAAAUACCAGAUACAUGUGAAACUAUGGUAGAAAAAUAAUGUGUUAGUGAUAAGUCUGGUAGAUUAUGCUAUUGGAACGGAACUGGUUGUAUUACAAGAUCUUGUGAUAAUGCUCCAGAAGCAACUGCAUCUCCUGAUGAAUGUAAUACUUAUUUGGCUGGAUGCACUUUGGAUACAGUUAAAUGUAAGACAAAGGUUUGUGAAGAUUUUGCUUUUGCCACUGACGCUUUAUGUAGAUAAGCUAUAAGUACAUGUACAACAAAUGGAACAAAUUGUGUCACAAGAGGAACUUGCUUCUAAGCAAUGAGUUAAGCUGGUUGUGUUACUUCAGCAACAAAUCAAUAAUGUGAAUGGAUGCCAGCUGUUGGCAAUAAUUAAGCCUAUUGUACAGUAAAGACAUGUAAUACUGCCCCAGUUACUUUAACAUCUGAAGCAGCUUGUGCAGCUUAUUUCACUAAUUGCACAACAAAGAAUGGAGGUGGAUGUGUUACUAAAUCAACUUGUGCAGCUGUUACUGUUGAUGCUGCUUGUACAACUGCUCUUAAUGGAACUAUUUGUGCUUGGGAUAGCGAACAAAAUAAAUGUAGAGACAAAGAUUGUUAAGAUUUUAGUGGUACAACUCAUGCUGCAUGUUAAGGUUAAAGAGCUGGAUGUACUGUUGGAGCUAAUGGAAAAUGUGCUAGAGUUUAAAAUUGCGAAUAAACUACUUUGAGAAGUGCUUGUAUUGAAGGAACUAAUGGACCAUGUUUAUGGGUUAAUGACUUUGUUAACUCUGAUGGAUCUAAAGGAGCUUGUUUCAGAUAUACUUCAUGUAAGAGUUUGACUUGGAAUUCUGAUAGAUAAUGUAAAUGGAUAAGUAAUUAAUGUACAACAAAUGGAUCUAAUUGUGUUGGUAUUACUUUAUGUUCUGAAACUAAUACUGAUGGUGGAUGUGUUACAGGAUAUGAUGGAGCUUGUAUAUAAUCAGUACCAGCUUUGAAUUCUUCUGAUCCAAAGGUUUGUAAACCAUAUACAUCUUGUGCUGAUGCUUUCUAUACAACUCAUUCAGAUUGUUAAAUUGCUAGUAGUAAAUGUACAACAAAUGGAACUACUGGUUGUAUUGCAUUAGGUGCUUGUUCAUCUUAUACUUCAUAAGCAGGAUGCGUUUUCAAUGAUAAAGGUGUCAUUUAUACAUCUGGAGUCAUCACAUCAACUGGUAUUUGUACAUGGGAUGCAACAGCUAGUAGUUGCAGAGAUUAAUCAUGUGCUGAUUUGACUGGAACAAAUCAUGCAGCAUGUUCUUCAUAAUUAUCAACAUGUACAUCUGAUGGAACAACAUGUUUAGUCAAAGGAGCAUGUUCAUCAUACACAACUUAAACUGCCUGCACAACUGCUGUUGGAUCUGAUGGAACUUGCUAUUGGGAACUUGCAUCUGCUACAAAUAAUAACACAGCUAAAUGUAGAUUAUUAGCUUGUUCUGAUAUUCAAAAUGGUACGGCAACCAAUGUUUGUUCAGUAGCUUUGUCAUCAUGUGUUUCAGAUGGAACAACUUGUAUCACAAAAGCUAAUUGCUCAACUUAUAAAACUAAGACAGCAUGUAAUUCAGGUGGAUUAGAUGGUAUUUGUGUAUUCACUUAAUCAACUGCUACAGGAGCUGCUGCUGGUACUGGAACUUGUGCAUUAAUGACAGCAUGUACCACUGCUAAUAAUGAUUAAGUUGCUUGUUAAUAAGCCAGAGAUAGAUGCUCAUGGACUGCAGCAUCAGGAACUGGUGCAACUGCUGUUCCUAGUAAAUGUGCCACUCAUACUUGUGCUACAAAUUAAGCAACUAAUGGAGCUUGUACAAGAUUCUUGAAUUGGGAUAAAAAGACUUAAUAAGUUUGUACACUUGUUAGUGGAACAUGUACAGCAACAGACCCAUCAACUUUAUCAUCAAAUGAUUGUUUCUUGGUUUCUGGAUAUACAUACACAUGGAAUGCAUCAACAAGCAAAUGUGGAGUUUGCACUGCACCUGUUGUUUAACCAAAUAAUACAGAUAAUAAUACAAACAAUACAAAUAAUUAAACAACAACCGAUUCAGGAUAUAUUCUUGGAUUAUCAACAGUCAUAUUAGGAUAUCUCAUGUUCUGA